UUGCAUCCCCCUCCCGAUACCCUGAAUCAGUUAACCGCCUUUUAAACCUCGUAUCUGACCCCAGAAAUAGCACCGAAGCCAAACCUCUUAGAAAGCGACGCUCGUCCGAGUUGGAGGCUUAAUAGCCAUCGAGGCUUUGGAUUCGAUCGAGAAACUUGAGGAGAUGAUCCUGGAAUUGGCGGAGAACGGAGGGGAAUCGAUGACCGGAACCCUAGCGAGGAGUUUGGGAGGUGGAGGAGGAAUUGGAGGAGGCGAAGAGCUCCUGUGCCCGCCGACGAAUUUCGCUAUGGUGGACCGGGGGAUCUACAGGUCGGGAUUCCCGAAUUCGGACAAUCUUGGAUUCUUGGAUGCUUUGAAUCUGCGAUCCAUCAUAUACCUGUGCCCGGAGCCAUAUCCGGAGGUUAAUGCUGAGUUUGUGAAAUCGCGGGGGAUUCGGCUUUUCCAGUUCGGGAUCGAAGGGAGCAAGGAGAGUUUUGUAACCAUACCUAAGGAUACCAUCAUGGAGGCUCUCAGAGUCUUACUUGAUAUAAGGAACCAUCCAGUUCUGAUUCACUGCAAAAGAGGAAAGCACCGGACAGGUUGCCUUGUGGGUUGUUUCAGAAAAUUGCAGAAUUGGUGCUUAUCCUCUGUGUUUGAGGAAUAUUUGCGAUUUGCUGCUGCCAAAGCUCGGGUAUCAGACCUGAGGUUCAUCGAGAUGUUUGAUGUAUCAUGCAUGAUGCAGUGUGUGCUUGGUAUCAUAUAUCGUUACCAUGGUUGCGGUUCCCAAGCCAGACGCAUUAGUUACCGAGACAUAUCAUGAUACCGAGGGUUCUACCAAUCUGUGCUUGAUAAUGGUAGUUUUUUAAUCAUGGUUGUUGUUCCCAAGCCAGAAACCUUAGUUACUGAGACAGACUAUAGCACAGAGCUAUCUACCAACCCUGAUGCCUUGCCAACAAAAAUUCAUAUUAUAAAUCUCUGUUCAAUUGCUUCCCUCAUUUUGUUUUGAUAGGGAGAAUCAUGUAUCGAGAUUGUCCACCAUAUCUGUUCUGUUUCCAAUACUGUAUGCAGCAUAUGUUGGAAGAGUUAUUUUUUUGGUAUGCUUUUGAAUGUUAGAUAAAUUGUUCAUUUUGACUUGGAAAGAUAUAGCUUGUAUGCUCAAA